UUAUGUUGCGCACGACCUGCCGUACGUAAACAACAUACGAUAGUCACAUGGUCAAAAUGGACGGACCACUUGUGUUAGUUUUCUCACUCUUGGCAGUCAUUUUAGUUGGAUCUUCAUCAAAACUGUUAUUCUCCUCUCUCCGUCACGACAAGCACCAAGCCGUGGAGCACAGUGCCACCCCUACACAUCCCAAGUUUCAGUCCUAUAAGUAUAAGACUGAGUGUGGGAUACUGGCGGAUCUAAGUUUUAUCGGUUGCGAGGUGUGUACAUUGGCUGUAGACGGAUUGCAGGAUUUAGUGAAGAAACAAAGCUCACAGGAAGACAUUGUGGAGUUUAUGACGUUUAUCUGUCAAAAGUUCAAAAUUGAGGACGACAGAGUUUGUGGCGCGAUCAUCCAGGAGUACAAGGACGAGUUUAUCGGGGUUGCCUUACGCCUCGUUUUGACCCCUGCUGAGGUGUGUGGAAUCCUCUUGGGUGAAAAUUGUGGCACGCCAUAUGACCCUAACGAACUGUGGAACGUGACUCUUCCCAACACUCCCAAACCUCCAGUUACACCGAGGGUCCUGCCCAAGCCAGGGUCACCUACACUUCGCAUUCUUCACCUGUCCGACAUUCAUCUGGACCCUGGAUAUCAAGUCAGUUCAAAGGUCGACUGUGGGGAACCUCUCUGCUGUCGCCAAGGAGACGGUAAACCAGCCCAAGGAAAACGUGCAGCUGGUGUGUGGGGGACGGCGGCUUCGUGUGACGUACCGUUCAACCUGGUGGAGAGUCUGUUUCAACACCUGAACUCUAUACAGGAUCAGUUUGAUGUUGUGUAUUUUACUGGUGACCUGCCACCGCAUAAUGUGUGGAACCAGUCAAGAGAUGACCAAGUUAAUGCACUACAACAGUUCACAAACUUUUGUCUCAAAUACCUUCCAAAGAAACAAAUUUACAACACACUGGGGAAUCACGAGAGUGCCCCCGUCAACAGCUUUCCACCCCCCUUUAUUGACGACAAAAACGCCAUCUCGUGGCUGUAUAACUCCGUCGCCGAAUCAUGGAAGCAUUGGUUACCACAAGACACGAUGGCCACUAUCAAAAGAGGGGGAUUCUACACAGUGAAAAUGGGUGACAAGCUGCGUCUAAUCUCACUAAAUAUGAAUUACUGCAACAAUGGAAAUUGGUGGUUACUGAUCAACACGACCGACCCGACAGGUCAGCUACAGUGGCUAGUGGACACACUGCAACAAGCCGAGGACAACCAGGAAAAGGUUCAUAUUAUCGGUCACAUACAUCCGGGUGGCGGAAGUUGCCUCAAAGCGUGGAGUUGGAACUACUACAGAAUCAUUAACAGGUAUGAAAACUCCAUAGCAGGUCAAUACUUCGGCCAUAGCCACACCGACUGGUAUGAGGUUUUCUACGAUGACGUCACAUUUAAACGACCGACCAGCGUUCUCUAUAUACCCGGAAGUGUCACCACGUUUACUGAUCUGAAUCCUGGGUUCAGAAUCUACGUGAACGAUGGGGUUUACAAAAAUACCUCCUGGACAACAUUAGAUUUCACUAACUACUACUUGAAUCUGACAGAAGUUAACCUGACCAAUAAACCUGUAUGGAGGAAAGAAUACAACGCCAAGGAUACAUACGGUCUGAAGAGUUUGUUUCCGGAGGAUUGGAGCGAGUUGAUUUACCGGAUGAAGGCCAACGAUACACUUUUCCAGACCUUUUACAGACAUUAUUACAAGAAUGCUGUUCCUCCAUCUUGUACAGGUCAGUGUAAAACUGAUCUCCUAUGUGACCUCAAGUCAGGAAGGUCACACGACCCAAGUUUGUGUGAUGACAUCCGAUCUUAGUUUUCUGCAUAGGAAAACUGAAAUCAAAACGGUCAAACCAAAUCAUAAAAAACCAAAUACUCGAGGACGCUUUUUUUUUGCAUGAUUGGAUUGAUAUUUCAUACAUGUUUUAUUCUUCAUUCAUUUCAAAAUAGGAAAGGCAUGUUUAUGUUUAAAAUUUUAAACAUGAGGGAAAUGAUCCAUACCUUAACGUCAAAAUGGCGUAAUAUUGUAACGUCAUCACUUCACUCUCAUUGACACUUUCUCCGUGUAGUAUGUGUAGGUGGCGAUAUGUGCUGAUUGAUGAUAUAUCGAUCCUGAGAUGAGAGAAAUUAAACAUUAUUAGGACGUGUGUAUUGUAUUAACACUUUGUUAUAAACGUAUUUUUUAUUUAUGUGAUAAUCUAUAAUUUGUUAAAGUGAGUUGUUCUUGUUCGUACGAAAGUCUGACGCAGUUAUGUUAUUUAAAGUGACAUCAUUUGAUACGAGAUGACGUCAUCAAAUGCUGAAUGAAUACGCAAUUUCGGAGGGAUCAGCUCUACUAUGAUGAAGGUACAUUCAGUAAAACAUUAAACGCCUGGAUGGGUAGAGGGAUUACACAUACGGGUGAUACCGCAAAAACUGAGGUCCCGUGUCACAGUAGGUGUGGCACGAUAAAGAUCCUUCCCUGCUCAAUGGCAAUAAGCGCCCAGCAUAGGCCUAAAUUUUGCAGCCCUUCACCGGCAGUGGCGACGUCUCCAUAUGAGUGAAAUAUUCUCUAAAGGGACGUAAAACAAUAUACAAUCAAUCAGAUACGUACAUUGUAGACUGUUUCGUAGAUGACAAUACAUGUAAAUGUUAUACAAGCAUUAUAUUAAAUUAGCCGGCGGUAUACAUUAAACUUACCAUAUCAAACAGAAGUUGUUUGGAUUAAGCCAUUCAUUUGAUAUUUAAUUAUCAAUAAUUUUUUCUUCGACACGAUUGAUACUUUAAUCAAAGAAAGACAGUGAAUCAUGAGUAUCGUUUGAGCUAGUUUUUUCUCAAAUACUCAUAGACUUACUAUAUUUGAGUUUCCUUCCAGUUCGGGUGUUUGUAUUGCAACUGUUAAUCAUCCUUUUGACAAAAAUGGAAGCAAUGAUUAACACAGGUAAACAAAGAUUUGUUUUGUGUCUCACCGUACGUAAGAGUUCAACAAAGGGAUAUAACUAUAUGGCAACUCGGAAAUUGCGUAUUUCAUGGUCACAACGCUUAUUGAUUAGAAUGUUUUACAUUAAAAAAAAUGGAAUUUUAGGACUGAUACAUUUUCACGGUAGAAUACCUAAAACUGAUCAAAUUUACACAAUUUUUUCUGUUACAAAUCAAAGAUGGAAAUGCCGGUUUCGUAAUGAAUGAUGUACAAUUUCGGAUACAUGUAUUUCAUGAUUCAUUUUCUUUUCUGUUUCUUUCGUUAUAAACAUAGUCUGUGUAAGUAUCUGACGUAUUUCAAUGAAAUGUAGAUUAUAAUGUGCUUGUUGAAAAUUGAAAUAAAACUCACCAGUACAUUGUUUUGAA